AUGAAAGAAGCGCUCAAAAAGUGGAAUAGCAAUGUGUUUGGGUUUUGUGACACACAACUUAAAAGGCUGUAUGAUAAGUUGAGUGUGCUUCAACAACAACAAGAUGAGGCUGCUAGUGAUGAGGAGGUGGAAGUGCAAUUGGAAAUUCUUGAGUUGGAAAAUAGAAUGGGAAGAAUAUGGAAGCAAAAGUCAAGAGAUCUUUGGGUGUCGCUGGGGGAUUGUAAUUCGAAAUUUUUUCAUGUGUCUACCUUGAUUCGACGGAGGAGAAACUCGAUUUGCGCCAUCAAUGACGUUGGGAACGGUUGGUUGUUUGACAGAGAGGGAAUAGGGGCUUAUUUUAACAAGCAGUUCCAACUGCUUUAUGAAAGUCAGCAACCUGUCUUCGACAACGAUUUUGAUUCGCUCUUCCAGCCCCUGGUUACUGAUCUUGACAAUGCGGAGUUGUUUCGAUGUCCGUCGUUUGAAGAAAUUAGGCAGGUGGUGUGGAAGGAUUUUUUCAUCAGUAGAAAGUUUGUGGAGAAACUCAAUCAUACGUUCCUGUGCCUUAUCCCGAAGAGUGAAAACCCGACUUCAUUCGAUCAGUUUCGCCCGAUUAGCCUCUGUAAUUUUGGGUACAAGAUUAUUGCGAGAUUGCUCACAGACAGAUUGAAGCCGGUGCUUGACAAGCUGGCUACCGCGGCUGAAGCUAGGAUUCUCGGCCAAUGCUUAGAAAAAUACGAAGAAUGGUCGGGACAAAAAGUGAGUAGAAGGAAAAGUGGGCUGGUGUUCUCCCCGAAAGUGCAGGGCAGGGAUAAAUCAUGCAUUCAGGAGAUUCUUGAUUUGCAGUUGCUUGACAAGAAGGAAAGGUAUUUGGGAAAUCCCUUCUUCUACUCGGCUAGGAGAAGAGAUGACUUCAAAUUCAUUAAGGAGAAGCUCCUAAACCGUUUGGAGGGGUGGAAAGCGAAACAGUAA